UUGUACCCGUAAUACUGUUGCAAGAUUCUUCCUUCUUAAAAUGAAAAUAAAAAGUUAUCUUGAAUAUUGAUUCCGCUGGACAAGCGGGUUUAUUUGAGAGCGGGGGAGGCUGUAGUUUUCCCCUUCCGGAGACGUGCCUUCCCCACCUCCAUCUUCUGCCCAUUAGGGUUUACGGGCAGCUUUAACUGGCUGGUCUUCUCCUGAAUUCACUUCUGGAUUCCAAGAACACAGUAUUUAAUGAAAAAUCCAUGCUUAAGGGGUGAAAAUGGCAGGCUUCCUAGAUAAUUUCCGUUGGCCAGAAUGUGAAUGUAUUGACUGGAGUGAGAGAAGAAAUGCUGUGGCUUCUGUGGUAGCAGGUAUAUUGUUCUUCACAGGUUGGUGGAUAAUGAUUGAUGCAGCCGUGGUAUAUCCUAAGCCAGAGCAGCUGAACCACGCCUUUCACACAUGUGGUGUAUUUUCCACAUUGGCUUUCUUCAUGAUAAAUGCUGUGUCCAAUGCUCAGGUGAGAGGUGACAGCUACGAAAGCGGCUGUUUAGGAAGAACAGGUGCUCGGGUUUGGCUCUUCAUUGGUUUCAUGUUGAUGUUUGGGUCACUUAUUGCUUCCAUGUGGAUUCUUUUUGGUGCAUAUGUUACCCAAAAUACUGAUGUUUAUCCAGGACUAGCUGUGUUUUUUCAAAAUGCACUUAUAUUUUUUAGCACUCUGAUCUACAAAUUUGGAAGAACUGAAGAACUAUGGACCUGAGAUCACUUCUUAAAUCACAUUUUUCUUUUGUUAUAUUCUAUUUGUAGAUAAGUUUUUAUCUUUCAAUAUAGUUUACACAUUGCCAAAUGGAAUAGAUUGUACAUUAAAUGUUGUGUUUCUUUACACUUUUAUGCUCUGAGUUUUGAAAUAGUUUUAUGAAAUUUGUCCUUUUUUUAAAUGAAUAGAUUGUUAAUAUGUACAUAAUAUAAGACUAUAGAGAUGGGAUGGUGAAUAUCAGUCUUUCAUGAAGACUUAAAGCUUGAUCUGUUUUCUGAGCCCCGAUUGUAUCACCAUGUCAUUUUAGAGUUAAUUGUUUUGUUUCAGUAUCUCUGAUUUUUGAAGAUGUACGAAAAAUAGAUCCAUGUAUCUGAAAUAAGCACUGAGCCAUUAAAAAGGGUAUUUCAGCAAGUUGUAAUUUAUUUUGGCUUAAAAAUGAGAUUUUUUAAAGGAAAAAUGUUCUUGUGUAUUAAAGAAGUGGACUUUUAUAUGAAGAUUUUAUAAAUGUCUGAUAGACUAGUUUGAAAGCCUCUUUUAAAUGCAAUUCCUUUAAUAUGACUUUAUUUGAGAUGGGAUAAUACACAAUCAGAUAAGCUCAGUUUUGUAUGGUUAAUGUAAGAAAACUGUAAGGCAGCUAGCUCAGCAAAAUUCUUCUUAUAAAAGCAGCUUAAAUGAUCUGUCUACUGGGGUUCUUAUUUGACAGCUUGCUAUUAUCUCAUAUUACAAAAUUCAACAUCAAGCAAGUUUGAGACAACUGCAGUUUAGAAGCACGAACGAUGUAACAAAAGGUGGAAUAAUUAGUUUCCAGAUAAAGCACUUCUUCCCAAGGGAAUUAUUAUGACCUGGUGAAAAAUUAGGCGUUUCAUCCCCUUAGUUACCAACUGCAAGUCUCUUUUUGCUCCAGCUCUCAAGGUCUGCGUGAACUCUUCCUGAAAAAUGUAUCUCUUGAACCUGAAAGUUCAUAGUCCAGUCAAAAACUUCAUUUGCUGAAUUCAAAACACUGUAUUUGCACUGUAUAUUCCUACCAGAAAUGUCAAAUGGAUAUUUGAGUCUUUAUUGCUAUUGUUGCUUUUAUUUGUAGACAGGUUUUAUGUUGCACUUUUUUCCUCCAGAGGGAUUUUGUAGAGCCUUUUGUUGUAAGACAAUAAUAUCAAGGGUAUCAUAUGCAGCUUCUAAUGCAAGCCUUAUUUAUCUUAACUUCUCUCCUCUCUGAGAGGAUUUACUGUGCAGAGUAUGAAGCAGUGGUGGAACGCUGUGCCUUUGUCUAGAUACCAUCUUGUUUAAUUACUUCUUUCUUUGUUAUUUUUUCCUUAUAAUGUCAGUAAUACUUUGUUUUGCUUCCAACAAAUUGUAAGACUAAUUACUUGUUUCCAUUCUCUUGUAACCUAUUGCAAUAAAUAAUUACUUCUCACACGUUGUAAUAUCGUUGAAUCUGUUUGAGAUAAUGAACCAUAAACAUUGGUUUGCUGUUCAUUUUUCAAUUAUUCAAGUGCACCCAGUCAAAGAAGCAGUUGAUCUUUGUAAAAUAAGGAGUCUGGAGGCAUGACCGCCGUCUGACCCUUGAGCUGGACCGGGCCAGAAUGGAGAUUGCUUAGCACAACCCCCCUUAGAGUCUGUCUGAUUGUAAUCGAUGUUUAUUCUGACGUAAAUCAACACCCCUCCCUUGCCUCCUGCUAUGCGCUGGUUCCUGGAACAGGCCGUUGUCCUCAUCGGUUCAAGUGUGUAAUUUCCCCGUACCUGUUAGCAUUCACGUACUAGUACCUGUGACUGCCCCCCUCCUUUACCCUACGUCAUUCUUUGGUGCCUGCCAAGUGGUGUGGGGAUCCAUUUCGUCCUGCAGCCACCCAAGAUACGCCUCAUAUAUAAGUUUCCCUUAAAU